AUGAGAAACAUAUUAUCAAAUAUAAUAAAACUAAUUUAUAAAUUCUACUUAUUAUACUUAAAAAAAAACAAGCUAAUAGAUGAUGGCAACUACAAAAAAAUGAGCUAAAAUUUCAAAUUUAAUAUAAAUUUUAUUCAGGAUUUACUUCAAGAAAUUUCUUUUAUAGAAUUUAACUCUGAAUAUAAUGUGGCUCUAGCCAAAAUACUUACUUAAUUAAUAUUAAAGCCAUUUUUUUGUAUGUUUUUUAGUCAAUUUUUGAUAAAUAAUGAUACAUUUUUAUAUCUCAAAUUGUAAAUUUUAUACAACAUGUCUACCUAAAUUGCAUAAUGGUGA